AUGUACAUCAACUUCGCUCACUUCCUCAUCCCAAAAAUCAGUGCGUUAUGUUCAUUUGCUAUCAACCCACUGACCGUCUAUAUUGUGUGGAACGAUAAAAAGUUGCAGUUGGGUAACUAUAGAUAUCUUCUUCUGUAUUUUGCAUUGUUCAAUAUAUCAACUUCGAUAAUGGAUAUGUUGGUGCCGAUGUGUGUCCUCAACCAUCGGUACGCGUUCUCAGUCUUCGUAUCCGAAGGCUAUUUCGAAGAGUUUUCCGAGUUCAAUCAGUUUUUCAUCGCUUUCCGAUGUGGUUUCAUAUCCGGCGCCUACGCGGUCCUCCACGCUCAUUUCAUUUACCGAUUUUUGGUUUUAUUCAACAAUCAAUUCUUGACACGUUGGUUCAUGCCACAUGGUAUACUGGUGGCUGUGUUGUAUUGCUUGUUUCAUAUAGUUUAUUGGACUAUUUACUGCUACGCUUAUAUCGGUGGUGACGUGGAUAGACGCCUUUAUAUCCGAGAAUCGAUGUUUGAGCAUCAUGGAGUGGAUGUCAUGAAUAUCACAAUUAUUAUUGCUCAAUAUUUUGAAGGAACACCCCAAGCGAUGUACAAAUCUCGAGUUGGCAUCGGUUGUUUGUCACUUCUCUCCAUUAUUUCUCUCGCUUUAAUCUUCUAUUUCGGAUACAAAAUAUGCCAUAAAUUGAGCAGUCAGAGUCUGGAAAUGAGCGAAAAAACGAAAAAACUGCAGACUCAACUUAUGAAAGCACUUAUUGUGCAGGCGUUGAUUCCGACAUGCGUCAGCUUUGCUCCGUGCUUAUUCGCAUGGUAUCAACCGGUGUUUGGCCUGGAUUUGGGGAGAUGGGUCCAACACGCUGCUGGAAUCGCUGUCGCCACAUUUCCAGCUCUCGAUCCCCUUGCUCUCAUCUUUUUCGUACCAACAUUCCGUCGGAAAUUCACAGAAACAUUACUCUUCAUGAAGUCAUUCCGAAAAUCUUCUAAAACGACCUGCUCUCAAAUCUCUACAGGACAAUCUAUGAGCCAGUCGAAUCGAUAG